AUGGAGAAAGGACACACUGUACAACUUUCGUCUUCUUUAGACAUUGCAACCCUUCCAACAAGUCAAUACUCCACCACAGCAGCCAUAACACCAAAUAGUCUCCCAGAAGUUAACACUCUUACCAUUGCCAUUCCUCAUGAAAACUAUUCGAAUUCAACCAGUCCAACUCCAGCAACCGAUUCCAAUAAGAAAAAAUCAACAACCUUCUCAAAUUCUCAUCAUCAACAUCAUCAUACACACCACGAUAAAGCACAUGAAGAUAACAAAAGUUCAACCAGUUCAAGUUCUUCCAAAACAGUCAAGAAAAUCUCCGUUUCCAAGGGUGCACUUCGCAUGGAUUUAUCAUGUUGUAAUAUUGGAUUGUUAGAUUUGAGUUGGGUGAGAAUUUUUGCGAUUAUUGCAAUGAUUGUGAAUACUCUGACCUUUCUGAUACUUUUGGGACUAAUCAUUUUCAAUCAGCAAGCUCAAACUUCAACCAAUGUGGAUGUUUUGGCAUUGAGAGGAAAUAUCUACUUGUAUGCUGCUUGGAUUAAUGCCUAUUCGAUGGUAGCUGCCUAUUCACAGAAUACUUCCUACCUUUCUUAUUAUUACAAGUAUACGAAUCAAGUGGAUUCCUUGACAAGUAAUCUAUUGAGUCAGAUAUCAGACCAAAAUGUCAGAAAUGAAUAUAUUAAUAAUGGUGCAAUCAUGUAUGCCAAGAUGAAAGAAUACAAUUCCAAUGCUGCAGUUAUGAUGGAAAAUGGAAAUUUCGCCAAAGCAAUUGAAUUGUACAAGAGUUUCGAAUUUACCAAUGCAAGAGAUGUUUUCAGAGUUGAGCAAGACAAGUUGAUGACCUAUGUGACUGAUACACAGACGAGAAAUAAUUACUUGGCCUUUGUUGCUUCCACUACUUCGUUGGUGAUUAUUUCUGUGGCAGUUGUGGUGACAUUGCCUAUUAUUCUCUUCGUGUUUGGAUUUGCCAUUAAGAAGGAUGCUAUCAAUAAUCGUAAUUUGAAACGAGCUCAAGCUAUGGAGUUGAUGGAUGUGAUGAAUAAUGACAAGCUCAGAAUUUUGUUUCAAAAGCAUUGUAAGAAGGAGUUCAAUAGUGAGAAUUUUGAAUUCUUGGAACAUGUACAAAUUUAUAGAAGAAUGUGUGAGCAUCAAAUUGAACUUGUUCAAAUGCUCAGUGAUGGUGAAAGUUCUGCCUCCUCAAUUACCAACUCAUCGGUUCCUUCCUCAUUGUCUGGUGCUCAUGGUUCAGAGAAUCACAGCAAUUCCAACAUUGAAAUGAACGAACAAAGCUCCAGAAGUAAGUCAAGCAAUGACAAGACAACAAGCUCUGAAAAGAAGAAGAAAACUGGACCACCAAAGACAAUUUCAGAAAUGGAAAAUGAAUUGGAUACUAUUGAAGUUAAAAAGUCCCAAUUGGCCUCUGAGAUUUACUUAACCUUCCUUGAUGUCACUGGUGCUAAAGCUGUGAAUGUCAACACUAGCUCUAUUGAAUCGGUCAAGAUGGAACUGGAUGCUUAUUCCAAUCAUCAAAUUCAUUCCUUAUCUGAAGACUUGUUCGAUUACUUGGAGAAGGAAAUUUCCAUUGUCAUGUUAGAUACUCACAUGAGAUUCAAGCAAUCGAUGGAAUUCUUGAAAGAGAUGAGAAUUAAAAAGAUUAAAGACAUUGGCACAAAGAAAUCUCAACAAAAGAGGGGAAUUUCUGUUUCACCAACAACCACCACGAAUCAAACUUCAAAGAAAUAAUAAUAUUUAAUAAAUAAUUAUAUUGAAAUAAU